UCAGCGAGUAUUUGUCGGACAGCAGUAUUUAUCGGACGUUCUAUUUAUUUCGUGUAUUUUAACCCUUUAGCACAAUUUUCUACGUCACAUCCUUACGCGCGAUUGUUUUCUCAAUGUUGAAACCAGAAAUUCGUUGAAAGGCAAGUAUUGUAGUUAAAUAAAUGUAAUGUUUACAAAUUUUGUCGCAAUGAAAUGUGACCUCCGCGCGGGGGAUAUUAAUAGUACGCGCAUGCGCAAAAUAAUUCACUCAAUAAGGCCCGACCUGUGUUCUUGACAUUUUCGGUCGUCUGCUACAAUACACCAAACCUCCAUUGUUUUUCUUAAAACCUCAUAUUUAACACGAAACUGAUGUAGUCAACAGCAACAAACUAUUUCAAUUAUUGAUUUGUUUACAUUAAAAACUCGACACACUUUUGUAUAAACAGAUAUCGGAUUUGCUUUCAAAAUGUUUAUAGUUAACGCUUUGAUUAAAGGGAAACAAAUCUUAUUGACGACUAUAUACAUUCACUGCUGGGAUUUUCGCCCUUGAUGAGUUUGAAAUAGCUGCGUUUCGUAAUAUUGAAUAGUCUAAUCUAUGUUAAUGUUUGCAUAGUUUUUUUACGAAUAAACCCCACAUUUGAUACACAAAUAUUAGUUUAGGAAUGCUAGCAUUAAUUAAACGACUUAAAAAGGAUAAUGGUAUAUUUAAGUGUCUGUCUUACAAUUAGACUGUAAUGCAAAAAUGGAUUGGAUUGCAGACAACAAAUGCAAUCAAGGGAAAAGACACAGAUGCAGCGUGCCGUCUCUGCUGUUAGGCAGCACAAAAUGAAAAUUAGGGUCGCUGCACGGGAAUUCAAUGUUCCACGUAGUACAUUAUCAGAUCAUGUACAUGGGCGUGUUGGCGAGACACGCACAGGUCCAGUGAGCCUAUUAAACGAAGAGGAAGAGGGGGCUCUUGUGAGUUAUCUAUUAUACAUGGCGGAUCAUGGUUUCCCUAUGACACGAAACAGAACCCGUGUUUAUAUCCGGGAAAUCAUUAAGCAAGGAGGUAGGACAUAUCCGUAUAAGGUGUCAGAGAAUGGGCCGUCAGACGAAUGGUUCCGAAAAUUGUUUGCGCGCCACCCAGAACUUCAGGAACGGACGCCCGAGAGUUUGGAUCCGGCACGUUCCUCAAUGUCGAGGGAGGAUGUCAUAUACCCAUUCUUUGACUUUCUGGACAAAACCCUCACACAGUAUGGUGUAAAAGAUAAACCGUCACAAAUGAAAACUCGGCCCAGACAUGUAAAGAAUGUGGACGUUUCACGGUUAACCCUCUGGUCAAGGCCGGUCUAGUGCCUGAGUCACUUGCUGACAUUUUAGUACCACCAGCGUCAAAACCUGCAGCUCAACGAAAUAAAAGAAGAAUAGUUACCGAGGGACGAGUAAUAAGUGUUGACGAAAUACUGAAGGAGUUAAUGGAACGAGAGAAAGCUUCCGCCGAGAAAGACCGUCGAGAUGCGCAGCGAGCUUUGGAAGCCGACGAAAGGAAAAGGAUGAAAGAGCAGGAAGAAAUUGAAAAGAUUAAGAGAAAAGAGGAACGUGUUGAAAAGCGAUUGGCCAGGGAACAGGAACAGAAGAAAAAAGCGCACGAGAAAAUGGAUAGAGGGAAACUUGCGAACAAGAAGUUUACGUGUGGAGUCUGUUGUAUGAGAGGGAGGGUGUUGGAUGAGAGCAAGGGCAUUGUGUGGUUUGGGUGUGAUGAGAAAGUGUGUGGCAAAUGGUACCAUUUUGAAUGUUUGCAUCGUAGCGAGCAAGAAUACUUGCGAGAGAGGAUGGAAGAGGGAGAAAGCUGGUAUUGUAAGGCAUGUAAGCCAUGGCUGUAUUGUGAAGAGUGAAUGGCUGUGUCCCUUGUGUUUCUCGUGCACGAGAUUCAUGUAAGCUGCUUGUGACGUUUGUGAUGUAUUGAUUAUUAUAAAACCUUAUGUAUUGAAUGAAACACGUUUUUGGUAUUAAAUCGUCAUCAUAUUAUAAAUAAUACCAAUACAAUGAUAAUUUAUAGCCUUGUUUCUCUACCAUUAUGAAAUUAUCUCACGUUAAUUUAUUAAUGCGAUGACCGUACAACAUUUUUUAAGAGACAUCAAAAACGGAUAUUCUUGUAUGCACUGAUAUUGGAUUCCAAUUGUAACUCUAUAAAUACACACUGAAGGAUACAUUUUGCACCAUUAAAUUAAUACAUUCACGUGAUUCUAUCGUUUCAGUUCAGAAAAAUACCAUUAGAAACAUAAUUUGUUGCGAUUUACUUAAAUCAUAUAAAUGUCCGGAAAAUACUCUCGUAUAGUGUAAAAUUACCUCCCUUUGAUGACCCCAUAUGCGGGCCUCGUACAUAGGCAUGCGCACAUCAAAAUCCGACUUUGUUUACAUGCACUUGUACAUGACGAACCCAAUAUAUAUCGGUAAACUUUUCAUGCCGUAUUUUGCAUUAUUAAGGGAGUUAUCCACGAAAAACCCUGAAUUUCGUCCGACAAAUACUCGCUGACCAGUAU